CUCGCCGGUUCCGAGAUGAAGUUCAAAGGUUACCUGAAGCUGCGGAUCGGCGAAGGCGGUGGGCCCUGAAGCCCACCUCCUACUCCCAGCGCCCACUCGGUCAUCUUCAACAAGCCGGCCCCGGCGCUGGACCCCUACAUCGUGGUGAAGGUGGACGACUUCAAGCUGGGCAGACGCCACACCAAGCAGAAGACCAACCAGCCCUACAACGAGGAGUUCUGCCUGGACGUGGCGGACGGCAGGCUCAUCGAGCUGGCCGUCUUCCACGACACGCCCAUCGGCUACGACGACUUCGUGGCCAACUGCACCAUCCAGUUCCAGGACCUGAUGGAGACCUCCACCACCGGGGGAGACCUACGAGGGAUGAUGGACUUGGAGCCACAGGGGAAGGUGUACGUCCUGAUCACGCUCACCGGAUCCUUCGUGGACGACGACGCCGUGGUGAAGGAGUACAAGCAGCUGUCCAGGAAACGGCAGCGCGCCGUGAAGCGCAGGGUCCACCAGAUCAACGGGCACAAGUUCAUGUCCACCUUCCUCCGCCAGCCCACCUUCUGCUUCCACUGCAGGGAGUUCAUCUGGGGGUGUGUUUGGAAACAGGGCUACCAGUGUCAACUGUGUACCUGUGUGGUUCACAAGCGAUGCCACCAGCACGUCGUUACAGAGUGUCCACACAAGAAGAAGGCCGUGAGAGAGCCGGUAACCGCACACCAGUCGCUUGGCACUCAGGAAAGCACCAACCCAGGCUUCAGCAUCAAUGUCCCACACAAGUUCAACAUCCACAACUACAAGUCUCCCACCUUCUGCGACCACUGCGGCUCGCUGCUGUGGGGGAUCGUCCGGCAGGGGCUGCACUGUAAAAUCUGCAAGAUGAACGUCCACAUCCGCUGCAAAGGAAACGUGGCGCCCAGCUGCGGGGUGAACAGCGUGGAGCUGGCCAACAAGCUGGCGGAGAUGGGCCUGCAGGCCGAGGGCCUGUCCAGGAGGAGCUCCGAGCUCAGGAAACCGGAGCCGAGGAGGCCGACGUCCGAAUGGCGGGAGGGCCUGGACCCCCAGCAGCUCACCCCCCGCCUGGGCAUUUCAGACUUCACCUUCAUUCAAGUGCUGGGCAAGGGCAGCUUCGGAAAGGUGAUGCUGGCGAGACUAAACAGCAACGAGCGCGUCUUCGCCAUCAAGGUGCUGAAGAAGGACAUCAUCCUGCAGGACGACGACGUGGAGUGCACCAUGACGGAGAAGAGGGUGCUGUCCCUGGCCCGCGAUCACCCCUACCUCACACAGCUGUACUGCUGCUUCCAGACACCGGACCGGCUCUUCUUCGUCAUGGAGUUCGUGAACGGCGGCGAUCUCAUGUUCCACAUCCAGAAGUCCAGGAAGUUCGAGGAGGGCAGAGCGCGGUUCUACACGGCGGAGAUCACCUCGGCGCUCAUGUUCCUGCACAGCAGAGGCAUCAUUUACAGGGAUCUGAAACUGGACAACGUCCUCCUGGACAAAGACGGCCACUGCAAGCUGGCGGACUUCGGCAUGUGCAAAGAGGGCAUCGUCCAGGGCGUGACCACCGGGACGUUCUGUGGGACCCCGGACUACAUCGCCCCCGAGAUCCUGCAGGAGAUGCUGUACGGGCCCUCGGUGGACUGGUGGGCUCUGGGCGUCCUGCUCUACGAGAUGCUGUGACACGCCCCCUUCGAGGCGGAAAACGAAGACGACCUCUUCGAGUCGAUCCUCAAUGAAGAGAUUGUGUACGCGUCGUGGCUGAGCACGGAGUCGGUGAACAUCCUGCGAGCCUUCUUGAACAAGAACCCGGCUCGCCGCCUGGGCUGCGUGGCGUCGGAGGGAGGCGAGAGCGCCGUGACCGCCCACCCCUUCUUCACCGGCAUCGACUGGGAGAAGCUGAACCGCCGAGAGAUGGAGGCGCCCUUCAAGCCCAGGAUAAAAACGCCAGAGGACGUCAACAACUUCGACCCGGACUUCACCCAGGAGGAGCCCACCCUGACGCCCAUCGACGAGCCGCUCAUCCCCUCCAUCAACCAGGACGAGUUCAGAGACUUCUCCUUCACGUCUCCGGAGCUGCUGGAGUCCUGAAGGCCGUGUGUGAAGCACGGAGCUGUCACAUUCCCCGGAGACUCGUGUGUGUGCGUGUGCGUGUGCGUGUGCGUGUGCAACAUGCUAUGGAGAUGACUGGACUGGAGCUGGACGGGAAAACCCGGCUGCACCUGGACUCUGGCGUUUUCUCACUGCGUGUUCAGCGAGUGUCGUCGUUUUGCUGUACUCAGUUUGCUUCAUUUACUUUGAAUGAAAAAGCACUUCUUUUUUAA